AGUUAAAGGGAAUCCACCCAUGAAAACCUCGACUCACGGUCACGGCAGAGAAGACCGCAUAAUCCAUGACUUGAUGGCUCUCGCCGUGUCGUCGAUGCUGUUUAUUUAAGAGAGAUCCCUUCUCUUUUCAAUUCUCCCCAACCCAAACCCUCUCUUCAGCUCCCAAAGCCCUAAUCCCAAAGAACACGAAGAACAAGAAGAGAUUGGCGGUGCGAAGAAAGGAACUGAGACUAGAUGACUAUGCUUCGAUCUUGUCUUGAACGGUGCUUCGGACGUCUUGGUUACGGCGACGAGCUUUUCUGGUAUCAUGACCUCAAGCCCCACACCUCCGGCGAGUUCUCCAUUGCCGUUGUUCAGGCUAAUUCCACUUUAGAGGACCAGGGCCAGGUUGUCUCAACCCCCUUCGCCACCUUCAUCGGGGUCUACGACGGACACGGUGGACCCGACGCUGCUCGAUUCGUUAACACGCAGCUUUUCCCUCACUUCUGCGAGUUUGCCAUGGAGCAGAAGGGGGUUUCGGCUGACGUGAUGAGGAAGGCGAUUGUUGCCACCGAGGAGGAAUUCUUGCAUUUGGUGAAGCGUUCGUUUCCGUUUAAGCCGCAGAUUGCUUCGGUUGGAUCGUGUUGCCUUGUUGGGGCGAUAACGGAGGAUACGCUUUAUGUGGCGAAUUUGGGGGACUCUAGGGCGGUGCUGGGCCGCUGCUCGACACCCGAUGGAAAGGAGGUGGUGGCGGAGCGGUUGACAAGUGAUCACAACGUGGCGGAUGUGGAGAUUAGAAAGGAACUGAAAAAGCUACACCCGGAUGAGUCUGAUAUAGUAGUUCAUACUCGAGGAGUGUGGCGGAUUAAGGGGAUUAUUCAGGUAUCGCGGUCGAUUGGCGAUGCAUAUUUGAAAAAACCAGAGUUCAGUAGAGACCCUCUGUUCCCGCCGUAUAUCUUUCCGACCUCUCCUUUGAAGCGGUCUGUUAUCUCCGCCGAACCGUCCAUUCUCACGCGCAAGCUGAAACCAGAUGACUUAUUCUUCAUAUUUGCUUCUGAUGGUUUCUGGGAACAACUAACCGAUGAAGCUGCUGUUCAGAUCGUCUCCAAGUAUCCAAGAUCAGGAAUAGCAAAGAGGCUAUUAAGAGCGGCACUUGAAGAAGCCGCAAAGAAGAUGGAAAUGAGAGUAAAUGACAUGAAAAGAAUACAGAAGGGAGUGAGGCGCCAUUUUCAUGAUGAUAUCACUGUUAUAGUGGUAUAUCUUGAUCAUAAUAACCUUAGGAACUCUAAUAGUCCGAAUUUUAAAGCUAUGAACUACAAAUCCAUCAACACUCCUGCUGAUAUCUUCUCCCUUCACUCCCAUGAAUCAGACAGUCGCCUUCGCCCUGAGCCCUUAGAAGCCUAAAAGAAUUUGAGAAAUCUCUGUAAAUUGAGAUAUAGAAGAAGGGCGCUGCUACUUGAUCGAAUAGCCUAGAAAAAGAAAACUAAUAUUUUUGUUUAUUUUCAUUGACAAAAAUUAAUGUGUUUAUGUAAUACUGAGUGAAUAUUGAUAUCUCCCUUAACCGGGAAUUAUAGAAGAAGUGUACCGGAGGCCUUGUAAAUAUUGGAUCCUUUUUGGUUGAAAGAACUUCAUUUUUGCCUUUUGUUCCUAA